AUGGUCGCCAUCACCCUGCUCACCUCUGCUCUCUUUGCGACCGCGGCACUUGCGGCUCCCUCGUCUCGUUCGCGCCUCGAGCAGCGUAUGGCCCGCCGUUCCUUGGGUGCUCACCUGUCCACGCCCAACCAGAGGAUAACUGCCGCUACCGACUUUACGGGCCCGAAGACUGAGGCUACCACCGCAUACAGCUCCAACUGGGCUGGCCCGGUCUACAACGCCAACGCUGGUACCUACAAGGCUGUCACCGGAACCUUCACUGUUCCCACGCCCUCUGCGCCCUCUGGCGGCCGUGGUAGCUAUGCUGCCUCCGCUUGGGUCGGUAUCGAUGGCGAUUCAUGCGACACCGCCAUCCUUCAGACCGGCCUUGAUUUCACCAUUGAUAACGGCAAAGUCAGCUAUGAUGCCUGGUACGAGUGGUACCCUGAUUACGCGUACGACUUCUCCGGCAUUAGUUUCUCUGCUGGCAACGAGGUCCGCGUUACUGUCACUGCCACCAGCACGACAUCCGGCACUGCAGUCAUUGAGAACCUGACCACCGGGGAGACUGUCACUCAGGACAUCACUUCCUCGUCGGCUCUGUGCGAGCAGGAUGCCGAGUGGAUCGUUGAGGACUUCACCGAGGGUAACUCCCUUGUGCCGUUUGCCAACUUCGGCUCCGUUGCCUUCACCAGCGCUGAGGCUACCACCUCUUCCGGCUCCACUCAGGGCCCCAGCGGUGCGACCUACAUCUUCGACAUCGAGCAGAACAACAAGGUCCUGACUUCUGUCACUACCGGCACGAGCACCACCACCAUCACCUACGUGUAG